AUGCUUCGAAUUUUAGAAAACUCACAAGACUUCUUUCAAAUAUCCAGCAGUGAUCUUCAAUUUCAUGAACAGAUUGGUCUUGGUACUUUUGGAGCCGUUUAUCGAGCUACAUGGCUGACUAGACACCAUAUAGUUGCUGUCAAGCAAUUAUGCGUUACUCCUUUAAAUGAUGAAGCUAAGAGAAAAUUUUUCAAAGAAGUUUCACUCCUGGAUCGUCUUCGUUCUCCUUAUAUUGUAAAUUUCUACGGUGCAUGUAUAGAAACAGAUAACUGUAUAUUAGUCAUGGAAUACAUGUCGUUGGGAUCGUUAUACAAUUUGUUACAUGAAGAUUAUGUGAAAUUAACGUGGCUGCAAAGAUUGUCAAUAGCUUUACAAGCAGCGAGAGGAAUCAAUUAUUUACAUCAAUUGCAACCACCCGUAUUGCAUCGUGACAUAAAGUCUGGAAACUUUUUAUUAGAAAGAUCUUAUGAAGGGUAUACUGUGAAAACAUGUAAUUUUGGUUUUACUCAAAUCCAAACUGUAAUGUGUACAUCACCAUGGACUGCUCCAGAAAUUUUUCGUCUAGAAGACUAUACUGACAAAAGCGAUAUUUAUAGUUUGGGCGUCAUUUAUUGGGAACUAGCGAGUAGUCAAAUACCUUAUUAUGGCUAUCAAGAUAGAGACAUUCGUGCAUCUGUGCUUGAUGGUCGUCGUUUGAGCAUAUCAGAAAAUAAUCCAUCGUCUUUUCGUCAGCUUAUCCAGCAAUGUUGGAGAGACAAUCCUAAUGAACGACCUAAUAGCUCUGAUCUGAUUGAAAUGAUCGAAACAUGUAUUAAAAUACAAAGUAAUUCACUCCUAUGUUUUCUCUGA